AUGGUGGGCCUUUCGUUGGGGCAAGGACCCAAGGCCCGAAACGUCUUCGACACCACGGACUUCGAUGCCGAGGAGAAGCCUGAGAAGCGAGUCCUCACCAAGGUGGAACCCACGGAGGAGAAGACUCGAAAGAUGGCCAAGGUCGAACCAGUGGAGGAGAAACCCGUCUCGGCCAAAGUGGAGCCAGUUGAGGCUCCACCGGCGCCCACCCACUCCGCUGAGGCCGGGUGGAUCCGUGCAGAUCUCGACGCAGGCGGACGAAAAGCCGACGCCGAGUCUGGUCAAGGUCGAGGAAAUUGA